AAACACACGUGUGUUUGUCAAACACCAUCAAGCCUCAGAGGAAGAAGAAUAGUUUCACCGCGUUCUCUGUUGUUUUAAUGUGGUGCUGCUUUAAGACAAACUGUUAGAAAUAUAAUUUCUGUAAACAAAAAAAUACAGUUUUUGAAUCAGGUCAGUAAAUACAUGUUAUAUUCACAUCAUCAUUAGUCGUGUCUACGUGUUGAAGCAAAGAGAAAUACAUCGGGAAGAAUAUCAGCUGAAGAUGGUGUUUGUUAAAGAGGAGAUUGAGGAGAACACGAGUGAAAUAAAAGAAGAGGAACCAGAAACCUGGAAAAUAAAAGAAGAGGAACCAGAAACCUUGAUAAUAAAAGAAGAGGAACCAGAAACCUUGAUAAUAAAAGAAGAGGAACCAGAAACCUUGAUAAUAAAAGAAGAGGAAUCAGAAACCCGGAAAAUAAAACAAGAGGAACAAGGAGAGUUUAUUGAAGAAAGAGAGGAGAACAAAAAAUGGAGUGAGGUUGAGGAUAAAAAUCAUGUCAAAACUGGAGAAAAACCUUUGAGUUGCUCUCAAACCAAACAGAAAGAUCUAAAGAAAAGAAGAGCCAAGAAUACUUUCAUAUGCACUCAGUGUGGAAAGAGUUUGACAAGCAAAUAUAAUCUUGAUUUUCACAUGAGAUUUCACACUGGAGAGAAACUGUUCAUUUGUAAACAAUGUGGGAAGAGUUUUACACAAAAAAGAAGCCUUAUGGCACAUAUGAGCGAGAAGAUCCACACUGGAGAAAAACCUUACAAGUGUUCACACUGUGACAAGAGAUUCAGUAAUUCAGGAGACCUGAAAAAACAUGAGAGGAUCCACACUGGAGAAAAACCGUACACAUGUAAUCAGUGUGAGAAGUGUUUCAAACACUCAUCACAACUUAAGGAUCACAUGAACAUCCACACUGGAGAGAAACCGUGCUCAUGUGAUCAAUGUAAUAAAACAUUUUUGAGCGCUUCAGACCUGAAGAAACACCUGACAGUUCAUACAAAGGAGAAGCCGUAUUCAUGUUAUUUGGGUGGAAAGAGUUUUUCAAGUUUUUCAGUUUUGAAAAUACAUCAGAAAACACAUACUGGUGUAAAAAAGUACAAGUGCUCCGAGUGUGAAAUCACUUUUACUUCAGUGGGCAGUUUAAAACAGCAUGAGAGGAUCCACACUGGAGAAAAACCUUAUGAGUGUUCACACUGUGACAAGAGAUUCACUCAGUCAGGAUACCUGAAAAUACAUGAGAAGAUCCACACUGGAGAGAAACCUUUUGAGUGUUCACACUGUGACAAGAGAUUCACUCAGUCAGGAUACCUGAAAAAACAUGAGAGGAUCCACACUGGAGAGAAACCUUUUGAGUGUUCACACUGUGACAAGAGAUUCAAUAGGUCAGCAGACCUGAAAACACAUGAGAGGAUCCACACUGGAGAGAAACCUUAUAAGUGUUUACAUUGUGACAAGAGAUUCAAACAGUCAUCACAUCUAAAAACACAUGAGAGGAUCCACACUGGAGAGAAACCUAUUAAGUGUUCACAUUGUGACCAGAGAUUCAAUAAUUCAUUAAGUCUGAAAACACAUGAGAGGAUCCACACUGGAGAGAAACCGUAUCACUGCACUGAAUGUGCGAAGCGCUUCAGUCAUUCAUCUGCUUUACACAUACAUACAAAAAACUAUCACAGUAAGGCCCCGUACAAACAGAGAUGCCUUUAGCCGUAUAUGUACAAAUUUUGUAUGUUAUUGGUGUGUCCUCUAGACGGAUCCGGUGUUUUGGCAGCAUGAAACUGCAAAUUUUUCUUAACGGGUCCCAGAGUGGAUCGAUCUGAUGUGUUUACAAUGUGUUUACAAUCUGCUUUUGAAGAAAUAUUGUAGUAUCAUGCUACAGUGUACAUUCUGUCAGCUGCAGUUCUGGUGUCUCUGUCUGAACUGUACAACAUCACAUGCAUUCACAUCAGUGUUAAUUAACUCUGCUUUAGAGUUACUCUCACGGGUCACUGCACUUAUUCGCAGACACAAAAGUACAUUAUUUGCAUGUGCUUUAAAGCCUUGCUGGUUAAAUGUUUCAUUCAUGCGCUGGUCUGAUGUAUGCCUUUUCUGAGCGUCACAUACACCCGAAGCGUGCGCACCAAAAAGCCUGUCAAACAGCGCCUGAUCUCUGAACUUAGUUAUCUUUUGUGCUUAUACUGUCAAAACACAGAAGGUUUACAAGUAGACUAAUAAUAAAAUGAAAGUAAGCAGUUGAGAUGGAACUUUUUUGUGCAAGAAGUUUUCUGGAAAAUAAUUCCAUAUUCCCUCUGGUUCGCUAAUGUGUUAUUUCACCAACACUUCGUGGCCUAUGCCUUGAUGGUAUGGUAUGGUAGUUUGUGCAUUUCCACGUUACGUUAUGUUACGUGUAAGAUACUUUGUGUUGUACGUUGCCAUGACAUUCAAAUGCACACAAAACUUCUACGAUGGUACCUCAACCUUUCACAGACACACCGUGAAAUUAAUGUUGAAUUGAUUUGCUUGUUAAGGUAUUGUAAACUCAUGAGGAAAGAAAAACUUAAAAGCAUACUCUAUCAUAAAUCUUCUGGUUACAUUAUCCUAGGCUCUUUUCAAUAAAAUCUAUGCAAAACAGGGAUGUCCAACCGUUCUGUAUAAUACAGAAUUUUCCCGUAUUUAAGGCAUCAGAGAAGCGUUCUGUAUGAAAGCUAUACAAAACACAGUUUGUCCUGUAUUCGCAGGAAUACGCCGUAUGGCCACCUAGACCAUACAAAUAACAAAUUAAUCAUUGUUUUGCACAAAUCAUUGUUUGAAUUGCGAAUGUAGCCUCUCAAGGAAGGCUUUAAGACCUUGCAGAAUACUCUGCCGCCUGAACGCUCCCACUUCACUUGUGCUAACGACAAUCCACAGAAGAGGAUUAGGUCCAUGCAAUAAAAAAAAUAAAUAAAAAAAACCUCGAGAUUAAAGUCGUUACAUUUUGAGAGAAAUGUCGAAACAAAAUAUUGAGAAUAAACUUGUUAAAUUACAAGAAAAAAGUUGUUACAUUUUGGCAAAAAAUAAAAUGAAAUAAAAGUAUUUUUAAGGGUAAUAAAAUGAAGUGCAAAGAGAUAAAUCACUCUCUAUUCUUGACUUAAAAAGAGUUGUAUUACAGUUGCUUUAGGAAUCAGUCUAUAUAGUGUUUUAUUUUUAGAUUUGUUCAUUGCAUUUCUUGAAUGUUCCUACUAAGUAAACCUUUUGUAUCUGAAAAUAAGCCAUUGUUUGUUUUAUUAGUUGUUGCAAUGUAUUGCUAUAUUUAAAUUUACUUUGUUUAUUGGUUAAUGUUUGAUUUAGUAAUUUAUUUUUAAAUCCCCUUAUUUCUGAUUUAAAA